CCCGCCCGCAGUAUCAGCGUCAGUGACCGAAGCAGGCCCAAAGCUUCCCAGUUGGUCGGUUUGGAGAGUUGCCGUUUGGGGGCAGUUGCAGUGGUGGCACACCGCGCCAGAGUUACCGCAGUCGCAGCGAAACGCACCUAGGUUGUGCAACAUUCCGGGCAGCGAGCACUUCUGUAGCCUGGGCAUAACAAAACCUGGCAGCCGCUAGGUACCUCCUGAUAAAUGACAACUCCAGCAGCCGCUGCUCCCGGCAGUGGCGAUACAGCCCAUAAUAGUCUCACGACGCCGACCUUUGCCGACAGUGUCAACCACGAUGCGAGCACCGACGCCGCCGCCGCCGUCGUGCUGACCUCCGACGGCUCUAGCGAAUUGGUCCAACUGCAGGAGCAACACCCACAGCACCAGGCCAGCAGCACAGGCCGCAGCACUGCCCACAGCCACCUUGGCGACCCGCCAAAAAAGUCGCUCUCACAGCAAUCGCCGCCGCAACAACUCCAGCAGCGACACCAGCAGCAGCACCAGCACCCUCCACUCCCGGCAAAUGAGCCAUCAUUGACCAGUGCGUCCACCUCGGAAUCAACCCACCACCGCGCGCGGAAGCCAUCGCCGGGGCUGGCAGCACGAUUAAAAGCCCUUGGUUUCGGCGCGGCUCGCCAAUCGUCGCCGCCGCCGCCGUCCCACCACCACCUCGAGCCCGUCGGCCGCCUCCCAGAAGAGCAGCUCAGGAGACUGGACCAACAGCAUCUUGCGAACUCGGCAAAUACUGUCGUCGAGCGGCGGGGCCGCCCCUGGAAGGGCGCCAUCGUCCGCAUCCCGUCGCUAUCGAGCCUCAAGUCGGACAAGUCCCACGGCAAGGCGGAGCGCGACGAGCCAGCUGCCGACGCUGCCCCUGCUGUCGCCCCUGCUGCCGCGAACCCCGAACUGCUCCCGGAGAUUGCCGCCUCCGGCCCGCUGGAGAUGGACACAAACAAGUACCGGCUGCCCGACCACACCAACGGAAACGGCGUCAAAGCCCAGCCCGAGACGAGGGAUGAGCACAUCGCGAGAGACACGCGGCCACCACCGGCGCCCCACACGCCCGAGAUCCCCCCGCCGCCUCUCCCCAAAGACACGCCACCGCUGACCCGGCGCGCCACGAACCCUACCACGCCAACCGCGCGCGAGGUCUUCAACCCGGAUUCAAUCCCCUUCAACCCCCUCGGUCUGCAGCGGCCCGGCUCCAUCUACACGCUCUCGAGAGCUUCCUUUGCCAACCAGCUUGCCCAGCUCACCUCGAUACAGCUGCCCGAUGCCGACUCCUUGUCCAGCAAGGUCUCCGCCAUCCCGACAGCCCAGCUUGCUGCCAAAGCCUUGAUAGGUGCCGCCGACCAGAUCCGUGGCUGGAUAUACAAGGCUUCAGAGGUCAUAGGGGGCUUAGAGAGCGAUGACGAUGUCGAGUGGUCGGCUGCUGGAGGACGCGAGGGCGUCGAGGAAGUGGAACAUGCCAUCUUCCGAUUCGAGGAGCUGAUAAAAGUCUACGUGGGCGCCAUCGAGGAAUUGCAGGCCCGGGAAGACAUCGCCUCUGUGCCGGCCGACGACCUCCGCCGAGCUGUCGCCCAGAUGGAGUCCAUCCUCGAGGAAUGGGCCAAGAUGCGUAACACCUUGCGCAACGUCAAGACUCAGGUCGAGAUCGCCAUGGAAUGGGAGGAGCUGUGGAACAUGGUGCUUGGGGACAUUGAAAACGAGAUGGACGAGCUCGCCAGGCUGGUCUUUGAGAUGGAGGAGCGACGGCACAAGUCGGCACUUGCUGUCGCAACCGGCGACGGCAUGGACAUUGGGGACCUGGAGACCAUCGUCGAGGACACGCCCCGAGCAUCUUCGAGACUGCAGGCGACGAAUAACCGCUUUAGCCUCCCCGCAUUUCCCGUCAGUCCCACCUCGCCCUCACCCGCAGCGACGACGGGCAUUUCCCCCGACGAUUCGAGCCUGCUGGCACUCUUCGCGAGGAUGCAACCGCUGCGAGCCUCCUUGGAUUUCUUGCCCAUGAGGCUCUCAGUCUUCGAAGCCCGGGCCGAGAGCAUAUUCCCCACUGCGUGCGAAGAGCUAGAGAUGCGGAGAUCCGCGCUCGAUGCCAGCUACAAGAAGCUCGAGCAGGAUGCCGAAUCUCUCCGAAAAGAGCUUGGCGAAGAUCGCUGGGUGCUUGUGUUCCGCGGCGCCGGGCGCCAGGCCCAGAAGAUGUACGAGUCGGUCGAGAGGAGCGUUGCGAAGCUCCGCGAGGCCAUCGACGCGGGGAUGCACCUAACAAAUCAGCCGAUAAUGAGCAAGAAGCUGGAAAACUACGAGGCCAAGAAGACGCACUACGGCCCCGCCAUCGAGCGGGUGCUGUCCAUCAUCGACAAGGGCCUUAAGGACCGGCUCACGGUCAACGGAGAAAUCCUUCGUUUGCAUGCCGAGAUGCAGGCGAAGUGGGACGAGCUCAAGGACGCAAUGGCAGACCUAGAUGCUUCAGUGGAGGAGCUUCAAAAUGACAGGAAGGAUCAGCAGCUCCGAGAUUCCGUCUCCAGCAUGCUGUCAAACGAUAUGUCCACCCUCGCAAGCGGGAACGAGACCCCUCAGAGCUCACCGCCCUCCUCCGUGAUCAUGUCGUCCAUGGGCUUGGGCAACUCGGCCAACGUCAAAGCCCCGAGACAGCGGUCAACAAGUGCUUCGAGCCAGCUGCCCAAAGCUGCGAGCCGCAGACAGUCGUCGCUCCCGGUCCCGGCCAGCCAGGUGACCCGAAAGCCCGCUGCCGCGAGAUCAUCACUGCUCCCGGUCCCGUCCAGAGAGGGUUCGGCCACGCCGACCGCGAACCGGACAUCACGGCCGUCCUCAUCGCUGACCAACCGGCCAAGGUGGAACUCCUCGACGAACACGUCCGACCUUGAUACCGGCCACAACUUCAAGCCCCUUACCCUAACCAUGCCGAGUCCCUAUGCCAAGACAACCCCUACCCCGGUCCGCUCCGUCUCGGCCACGACACCCUCGUCGACGUCCAGGCUGCCCACUCUUAAAAGCUCCCUCUCUCGCGCCGCGUCCGCAUCCCCCAUUCCCGAAGACACGCCGUCCAAAAAUGGACCCCUGCUUUCAUUCCGCGAGCGCCUCGCCUCUCCGGGCCCGCCGACCGCGCAGCGCUCGGUCUCCAAGCCCCGCCUCGCCUCCCAUUCCUCCGCCCCCCCUGCUGCUGCUCCGAACCGACGUGCUUCGCUCCAGCCGCCGAAGCCACCCGAGGUAACCCCCCCGGACACAACCCCGCGCCGGCCGGCCAGUUCUCUUGCGGCAUCGAGGCGCACCAGCAUGCUGCCCCAGCCGAAGAGGCCCGCGGCCACCGCGAACGGGACUGGGACCAGCGUCACGGGGAGGGAGAGCCCGCAGGCCGUGGCCGGCGCGCGGUCGGCCAUGCGCAAGGGGAGCAGUAGCUCGUCGGCGGCCGAGAAACCUAAGGACCUCCGGCCUAGGUGGCGCCCAUGAGACAGCUAACCCGCUGUUGGGCGGGGGCUUAACCGAAUGGCAUUGAGCGUCAGGGAUAGCUGUCGCUCUUCCCUUUUUUUCUUUUCGCCCUUAUAUCCCCGGGGGGCAUUCUCUUCUACCUUUCUUGAGUGGGCAGUAGAUACCAACUAUCGAAGCAGCACAAGCACGA